GGAUAGAGAGAGGGGAGGAGAGAGAGAGUGAGUGAAGUGGUGGUCUCCCAGGGAGAGAGACACGGUCAGUACCAAGGUCCCUGAGGGAUAGGAAGGUAGAUAUACCUCAGUGUCUGCUAUAAAAACUACCAGCGCAUGGACCUGCCUAGACAAAGCAACAAUAACAGCGCCGAUAUAGAUCUCCUAUAGAGCUAAAGAGUAGAUCACCAGUGAAAGACAAUAGUUAGGGACAGAACAGAACAGUAGCAGAUCAACAGCAGACCUACACAGGGUCAGGAGGGUGUUGAAGUCUAUUUAGAUGCUGACGAGGACCCAGACAAGCUGAACAGAGACAGACGUGCCCAUUUGAGAAAACUCUACAAUGACAGUAAGUUAAACUUUCUUUAAAAUUCACCUAUUGUUGUCCUUAUGCAAAUUGUAUGGAAAGUGACCUGUGUGUCAUGUGUUUUAAUUUCCACCAUAUCAACUGCAGAAAAAUUCCAUCGCAAAAUAGUCAUAAAGACAUGAAGACAACUAUGUGAUUUUUUUAUACAGCCAAUGUCAAAUGUCUUCCUCACCCCACCAUAUCGACAGGAGGCUGAUAUGACAUUGCAAUAUAGUCAUAUAAACAUAUAACCAGUGUUUUUACCAGUAGAUCCAUGAUUUCUUGUUUUAAAUUUUGAAAUGUUUAAUUGUGUUCUUGUUUGACAUUUUUACUGCAUUGUUAGUAACACACGCAUUUCGCUGCACCCGCUAUAACAUCUGCGGAACUGUGUACGCGACCAAUAAACUUUGAUUCGCUUUUGAUUUGAUGUAGUUAUUCUGCUGUCAGAUGUUGCAUUGUUCUUAGUCUGUUUUUGGGGUCACAUUCUAUGGACAAUGGCAUUAUGUUUAUGGGUCUGUAAAUACAGUACAUUGACCUGCUACAUCAACUGACACGAUCCAACUAGGUGGAAGAUCUGUCGAAAAAUUGCUCCAGGGUCGUCGUCAAUAAUGGCUGAUGCCUGGCCAUGACCCCACUCUGCAAUAUAUACAUGUGUCUUCAUAUGGGGGCAUUCAGUUGGGGCUGUAAGUGGUUGCCACGGGCACGGGUCCAGAAAGAAGCACAUUGUAGAGAGGCUUUUCAGCUUCCAGUGUUUAUAUCUUUACUGGUUUUACUUGUCUUUAAAUCUGUUAAUAGCGUUAGUCUUCCGACAGCUCAUAAUACUGUCAUAGAGGCCAGUAUUUCAAUUACAGCCAGCUCUUAUCGACAGGGGGAUUCGUUGACAUAUAAGGGAUUAAUUCAUAAUCACCUCAGGUUACAAGGACACAGUGAAUGUCAGGUGGGUGAGACUGGGGCAAAUGUCUUCCACCUGCUGCAGCAACAAGUUACGCAAUUGGUGUUAAUUGGGAGAAGUCAUUGGACAUUGUGAUCAGUGCUAGCCAGGGGUCAAUUUCAUUUAAAUUAAGAGUGAAUUCAAUCAAUCAAUUGAAAAGUCCUCAUAGAAGAUAAUUUGGUCAACGUUCAAUUCAUUCUCUGAAUUGAUGUGGAAAUUAUCCCAUUCCUGAUUGUGAUCCAAAGGAGUUAAUAUUUUCAGUGCUUUCAGAUUAAAUUGGGUUGAGGGAAAUAAUGACCUUUGACCCAAUGUAGCCUAUGUUAGAAAUCUGUCUUUUAUAUUUUCUCCAGUGUGCCCAGCAGCAGCAGCCGAUUCAGACUGGUUGGACCCUGCUGGCGUAUUCUUGGCUUCAUAUCAAAUGUUUGGCGUUGUUUAGUGACAAGACACAGACAGUUCAGAUAGUCCACUAAAAUAAAACUCCACUUACUCAAAGCCAACUCACGGAUAGAUUAACUGAGCAUUUGAUCAGAUGGAAGAUUUUGCAGCUGCUGUAUAAACGGGGGAACACAAAGUUAAAACAUGUAACUGCUGUUUUUUACACUUGUUCCUAAGACAUUUAUUUUUUUACUCUGUAAUGUACAGGUGCAAACUUCUAACCUUUGCGAAUGCUUAGUAAAUCAAGACUUUUGUCAGUUACUUCCCAAAGUAUGUUACUCCCAACUCAAGCUAAUAAAGCUGUUAGAGCUUUGUGCCAGUAAACGAACGGUUUCUAGUUUGAAUCCCCGAUCUGACUAGGUGGAAAAUCUGUCGAUCUGCCCUUGAGCAAGGCACUUAACCCGUAAUUGUUCCAGGGUCGCUGUCAAUAAUGGUUGAUGCCUGGCAGUGACCCCACUCUCUGAGGGUGUCUCAGGGGGAGUGAGAUAUGCAAAAAACACAUUUCCAUUUCACACCAUACACUUGUAAGCACCCCCUAUUUGAUUUGACAUGUUGAUGCUCUAUUAUGCAACAAAUAUAUGUGGUAUAUAAGGUCGAACUUAUAAAUAUACCAUGGUGCUAUUAUAGCUUAAUCCAUUGUGUUACGCAAACAGUCUUUACAUCCCUCACUCAUUUGCUGGGGUGUUACUAUAGGCGGGGGGGUCCUAUUUUAAUGAGGUCAGCAGAUGUAUAUAGGGGCUCAUACUGAUGAUAUAAUAGACACAGGGAACCGAGGGGACAGUGGGAAUGUACAUACAGCAUAUUCUGGUUGCUCCAAUGUGACACUCAUCCGAUCUCCCAUCUCAUCAUUUUCUCACAUUUUAUGGUAAUCCCUGAGGUCGCUGGACAUCCUGUAGCAGUACAUCUUAUGGUGACACUGAGCCCUAUCCACCCAAGCAUACAUACAAGUUGAUCAAUCAGUCAAUCAUUCAAUUGACCAAUCAAAAUGUAUUUAUAUUGCAUUUGUCAUAAAGUGCUUAGUAUUUAUUCCCACUGCUCGUUGACCAUUUUCAGUGUUGGUUGGUUAUGCACCGUGCAGCACUGUAGCCUACAAGCCUAGUCAAUUCCUGCUAGUGUAACAAGACAUGGGCAAUGAAACAUCAACUCCUUAUAAAAAUAUUCUCCCUAUUUGACCAUGUUUCCUUGUUCUCUCUGUCAGGCUGCAGCUCAGGAACUGGACGAGCUAUGUUUCCUCUCAGCCCAGUCCAUGUCCACCCUGGAGACCUCUGACCACUUCCAGAUGGUCAAGCUGCUGGGAGAGGGAUCCUACGGCAAGGUCAUGCUGGCCGUCCACAAGAAGAGAGGUAAGUAAAGCACCAGAGGUCACUGUAGUGGUCCCUAACCCUGGUCAUGGAGAGUUAUGGGGUGGGCAGGCGUUAUAAAUUAUGCCAUCCUGUAUUAUACUUAUGCUAAAACAUUUAUUAUAUUCUACUGAGCCAUUUACUUUAUGGUCAUAUUCUUAUCUUUUAUUAUUUCUCAUUGUUGUUGCAUUGUCGAGAAUGAACCUGCCAGUAAGCAUUUUGUUGAACGUGUAUAUCAUGUGUAUCUUGUACAUCCGACUAAAAAAACUUGAAACUUGUUCUAGUGAAAUAUGGGUCUGAAGGGGCUAGGGUUACAGUUCAGAGGAUAAAACUACACGUGAACAGUGGGUGGUUUAUUUGUCCAACGUGAGGGUAGAGGUGUCUUUAUAUAGUGUCAACUUAACCUUUAGCAUGAGUGUUGCUGUUAUGAAGUGCUUUACUACAUUCUUGGGGAUACGGCUGCUGUAGGGUGUCCUCAGGGGAGAACGACUGCCCCUUCUCAUUGAAGCCAAGCAGGGUUGGAUAGGUUACUUUCUAAAUGUAAUACGUAACAGUUACUAAUUACCUGUCCAAAAUUGUAAUCAGUAACUUUUGGAUUACCCAAACUCAGUUAUCUGAUUACUUUCCCCUUUAGAGGCGUUAAAAGAAGACAAAAACUAUCCUUCAAACAUAUUUGGAGUGUCAUCAUAGAGGUCUCUGACUUGUGGUCAGACUCGCUCAGGUGGAACAAACUUAAACUUAAGCCUUUUUUCAAUGCUGAAUUGAAUGUCAUUGACAAAACAGAAAGCUGUCAUUAAGUAUUUUUUCGCAAGCAUCCUUUCUGAAUUUAAAAGUAAUCCAAGAAGUAAUCAUGUAGUUUUUCAAAAGUAUCUAUAAUCUGAUUAGAAUAUUUAUUAGUUACAGUUUUUUGUAAUCAGAUUACAUGUAAUCAGUUACUCUCCAACCCUGAAACCACAGAAGUUCAAGGCCGACCGCAGUACUGCAGGCAUUGUUAGCAAAAAAUGGGAUCCCCCAUUAUAGUGAAUGGAAAAAUUUAAAUCUUUGUGGUGAAUCUUUGUGUAAAUAAAACAACUUUCGAAGACAAUCGUGGUACCAAAUAUUGCUUCUAAUAUGUCCUUGAACAGAUUAUUUUUUAAUCGCACACAGAAGACGCUAUAGGGUUAUAUAAUUUAGUUACUAACGGCAGCCUGCAGUACCCCGGUUGGCCUUCAACUUGAGUUACUACAUGAGAGGAGGCAGCACUGAGCUAGCCUGCAACGUCACUUCCUGAAGUAGCUCAAACUGCGCAUGAGAUGCCAUCUUAUCCGACUUCAUUUGGCUUCAAUGCGCUAUUGAGUCUUCACAUAGGAAUGAAUGCUGUCACGUGAUCGAUGGCUUUGUCCAUUCAUAAACAGACAUUGGCUGUCCUCUAUCUAAACCCCAGGGAAUAGGGAGGUAAUUUAGAUAUCCCCGGUGCUAUAUGGAAUCUGCCAGGAUGUUUUCAUGUGUGUUUCACAGUGUUGACAACAUUAUUUACUCUAUAAUUUAUCUAUUUAUGUUUUGGUGUAGUAUUUGGUUAGAUUUGAAUGUAUUUAUCUUCCUUUCCAUCAGGCACUCCCAUGGCUCUGAAGUUCUUCCCCCGUCAGUCCACAUCCCUCUUCGCUUUCCUGCGUGAAUACAACCUCUCCCUCUCUUAUUGCACUCAUCCCUCUCUCACCCGGGCCCUGGGCAUCUUCUUCUCCACCCCCUGCUACUACGUCUUCGCCCAGCAGGCUGGUCUCUAUGGAGACCUCUACAGUGUCAUCGUGUCAGAGGUCAGUUAGAAUCAUAAAUCUGUUAACAGACUCUGAGUCAGUCAUACAUGAGAGGGUUUUCAUUUAAAUGUCAAAGCACUAAAAAUAAGUGCACAACACAGACCCAGUAUUGCAAUUCCUCCAAGGUCUGCCACCACCUCUACUGCCCCAUAUUGCCCUGGUCCCAGUUGCCCUCUUCCCUCUGUCAGUGAGUACAUGAUAAAGACUUCAAUGGAAUCCCUCCUGUGGCUUCCACCUCGUCCCCUCUAGUGUCUCUUUGAUUGUGUCGGUCGCUGCCAGUAACCUACAGUUUAUACUCUAUUUCUCUAAGUGGAUAAUAAGCUUGCAUCAUCUUCAAGACCCUGGUGCUUGCCUACGGAGUAGCAAGGGGAACUGCCUCUCCUUACCUUCAGGCUAUGUUCAAACCCUACAUCCCAACCCGACCACUACGUUUUCUGCCACCUCUGGUCUCUUGGCCUCCCACCCCUACAGGAGGGCAGCUCCCACUCAGCCCAGGCCAAGCUCUUCUCUGUCCUGGAAGCCCAAUGGUGGAACAAGCUUCCCCCUAAAGUCAGGACAGUGGAGUGCCUGCCUAUCUUUUGAAAACAUCUGAAACCCUACCUCUUUGAAGAGUAUCUUAAAUAACUCUCACAGUGCUCUUUUUGUGUGACCUAUCUAGUAAACUAAACCUAGCAGCGGCCUAUGUUAAAUCAUGACCCAAAAGGAAUCCAGGCCAUACCAUUUAUGAAACAAUGAUAUACAGUAUAAUGUCGUUUCUCUUUUUCCCUCUAUCUCUCUCUCUCUGUCUCCAGGUGGGUGUAGAUGAAGAGUGUGUCCAGAGGGUGAUGUCUCAGCUGAGUGGUGCUGUCUCACACCUCCACUCCCUGGGCUUCGUCCACCGUGACAUCAAACCAGAGAACAUCUUCCUGUGUGACCGCACCUGUCGCUGGGUCAAACUGGGUGACUUCGGCCUGGCCCGCCCCACCGGCUGCACUGUCCGAGCUGUCUGGUACGACUCGCCCUUCUGCACGCCCGAGGUGGAGCAGGCCAAGGAGUCAGAGAAAGUGAGGGAGCAGAGAGAGGAGGAUGGAGAGGAAGAGGAGAACAUUUGGAUCACAGUGGAGACCACUAUAGACAGCUGGGCCCUGGGGGUGCUGGUCUACUGCCUGCUGACGGGAUGCUUUCCCUGGGAAGAGACCACCCACGACGACCCCGCCUACCGGAGGUACAAGGAGUGGUACGACCGCGAGACGGAGAGGGAGGAAAGGAGCGAGGGACUGAGAGGGGAGGAGGAAGUAAUUUGGUGCGAAGGUGAAAGGGAAAAGGACAAUACCCUGAGCCUGGAGGAGAAUCAGAAGUCGAACCCUGUGCCCCCACAUUUUCAAUGCUUCAGCCCACUGCUGAUGUCUCUUUUCAGGGAGCUGCUUAACCCGCAGGCCAGGCUUCGAGGAGGCCCUGAUGAGAUCCUCAGCUACCUGGGGGGGCCCUGGUUGAUGGAGACAGAGAGAGAGGAGAAGAGGAAAGCAAAGGAGGUAGAGAAGAAGGCCAGGAAAAUAAGAGAGGCAGGAGCAGUGGAGGAAGUGCGGGAGAGGGAAGGAAGAGGGGAGAGAUAAAGUGUUUCAUACUAGACAGGUUCGAGAAUUUUUAAGAUGUACUGUACAUUUUCAAAGAGAAUAUUUGCUUCAUAGAGUUUGAUAUUAUGAAUAUAUUGCUGAACAUUUCUUACUCUGUAUUGAUAGAAUUGAGACUACUGUAUUUUGAUAUUGCUGUAUGUUUUUCCUUGUAAUAGUAAUUCUAAGGUGUAAUGCAACUUAAUAUUAUGUGUGUGUGAGCGUGCAUGUGCCGUGCCUGCCUGUGUAUGUGCGUGCUUGAGCAUGAUCGUGAGCGUGCAUGUGCGUCCAUGUGUGCUUAGGGGUAGCUAGCCUCUUAAGAGAAUAAAUGAACUAGUGCUCCUUCAACACACAGGCUGUAUUAUAAUGAUCACUCUAUGACACUUUAUGUUGUAAAAACAUCUGAAUAAACCAGUUUGUAUUUAUAUACA